AAAAAAAAAAAAAAAAAAAAAAAAAAAAAAAAAAAAAAAAAAAAAAAAAAAAAAUAGGGCCCCAUUUGGAUCGAUUGCGAUAGGUCCCGACAGUGCCCGGAGUCGCCUUCUAUCACUUCUGCACUCCGCUACAUAAACAAUACACGCUCGUCGACUCUACCAUAAAACCCUCGCCGGCCCUUUCUAUUGUCUCUAUUGUUACCACGACUCGGCGACAUGCUAUUGUUACUGCCUGUGGUCUCACUCCGAUCUUAUUUAUUCUGUACGUGUUUGCAACAAUUAAUUAAUUUAAUAAUUAUUACAUAUUUACUUACUCCAUAUCUACUUAGGAAUAAGUAUUUUACCUGACCUAUUUAUAUUACAUAGGUUUUUUUUUAUAUGAACACCUAUUACGUUACGAUUUUGCAUGUCGCCUCCUUCAAACUGUACAGCUCUUUGAGAAAACAAUAUUGGUUGCAACGCCUAUUUAUAUAUAAUUACAUAUUUACUUCCUCCUUAUGUACUUAACAUUAGGUAUUUUUUUUAUAUGGGCCCUUAACGUGCCACGAUUUGCAUGCUGUCUCUUUCAAACCUGUAUUGUUUGCAACGCCCAUUUAUUUAUAUACAAUUACAUACUUACUUACUCUGUAUGUACUUACGACUAGGUAUCAUACCUAUACUAUUUUUAUUCAAUUGGGUUUUUUUAUAUAGCCACCUCUGUUACGUUGCGAGAACAAUAUUGGUUGCAACGCCUGUUUAUAUAUAAUUACAUAUUUACUUCCUUUUCUUAUGUACUUAAGAUUGGGUAUUUCUUUUAUAUAGGCCCUUAACGUGCCACGAUUUUCAUGCUGUCUCUUUCAAACCUGUAUUGUUUGCAACGCCCAUUUAUUUAUAUACAAUUACAUACUUACUUACUCUGUAUGUACUUACGACUAGGUAUCAUACCUAUACUAUUUUUAUUCAAUAGGGUUUUUUAUAUAGCCACCUCUGUUACGUUAGGAUUUGCACUCGCACGUUGCUGUCUCUUUCAAACCUUUUAAGAAAUCAAUAAUGUGUAUUUACGAUAGGAAUUAUACCUAAACUAUUGUAUAUAUACAUAAUGGGUGAUGAUUUCAUACCAAAUAUUUUACAUAUUUACCUAUAUGUUAGCAGUUUUUGUCUUAAAUUUUAUUGAUUCCAGAUUAUUAUUGAUCGAGACAUUUGUGUUGUCUUGAUUUUUUAUCCACUCGUAAAUAAGUUUGGUAUAUGUGAGAAAUUGACUGCUAAUUAUUGAUAGACAGUUAACAUGGCCGUCUUUAGGUCAGGUUUCAACUUGUAGGUAUAUGUAAACAAAGUUUCCGUUAUUUAGUGCUAUAAUUUAUUGCAUUCCUGUUUAUACCAGUUAGAUAGAUGGGGUAGUGACUUUCAAAAUCCUGUUAAAACGUGUCUCUUCCUAGGUGGUCCUCUGUUCCCACUAGCGUGCCUGAGGUUUUUUUUAAACACAAAUUCAUAUAAAAAGGCCGCUGCUGAGGGUGAAUUAUAUAGUAUCUUUAGACCACCAGUUCAGUUAAGAGCUCUUGGUUUCUACACAUUGAAGUUUUGAUUAUCACUUGUGAUCAUGGAUUUUACCGAGAAUACCUUCAAGAACUACUACUUCAAUGAACACGAAGACGAAGCGAGCGAUGAGGAAGGGACGCUUGCUUUCAAAGUCAAGCAGGCCAUAGCAAAGAAGCGACCAUCCAAUAACAUCGACGUGUUUUUCGAAAAGUCCAAGAAGAAGCCGAAAGUCUACAAGAAAUCUUCCACGGUCGCCAAAAUGACGGAAGACGGUGUCGCAUACCUUACAUCUGGACAAGACGAUGGGGCAUAUGCCUCACAUCUGAUCAAAAUAGAGGUAUACGACAUGGAAAAAAUUAAAAAUGUUUCGCCAUUGGAGCAUUGGAAACACUGCGAUCUUCGUGUUAGAUACUACACCGUCGGAGAAGGGGACACGCAUGAACAAAGUGCUCGUGAUGUCAUUUACAACAUCACAAAAGAGUUAUCGGCAAAGCCUAAGUGUGUUAAAUAUUGUUUAGGAACUGAAAAUAAAUAGUGUUAAAGUGCUUUGUUU